UCUGCGUGCCUCGUGCUGCACAGCGUGAAUCUGACGGGGAGCGUGCUGACCAUCGCGCGCACGCAGGCGGUGGCGGUGUUCCGCGACUCUGUUGGCGUGCUGGUUUUUGGCGGCGUAGCGCUGCAUUCGCGCGGUGCGCUGUACGUGGACGGGCUGUCGGUGCAAACGGCGCUGGGGCUGUGCGUGUCGGUGGAGGGCGGUGUUGCGGCCAGUGGCGGCUCCGUGGUGGCGUUUGUUGACAGCGACUUCCUGCUGUGCAAGCACGCGGUGUCUGUGCGUGGGGCUGUGAGCGUGUCGGGCUCAGCUGUGGCGCUUGUGCGGAGCGAAUUUGUGUCGACGGAGGACUACGCGGUGGCGUUUUAUUCGACGGUGAGCCUGGCCGGCGGGUCGAUGCUUCUGGCGAAGGGCAACGUGCACGACGGCGUCUCGAGGGAGAUGCUCUACGCCGCUGGCGCCGUGACCGCUUCUGGGAGCACGCUGAGCUUUGUGCGCAACCGAGUGCUGCUGCCGCGGAUGCUGUCGCUGAGUCUGUCGCUUGCGGCUGGGGCGCAUUUGAGGGUGGCAUGCAACGACGCUGGCGGACGUGUCCUGUCGACGGCGGAGGAGUACGCAGCGGCUGGUUUUGGCGACGCUGGGAGCAUCGACGUUGCUGGGUGCGACGCCUGCGACAGGGACAUUUACUGCUACGCGCCCGGGACGGCGUCUGCGAGCAUGACGGACGGUGUGUGCGUGUGCGCGUGCGGCAGCGGCGGGUAUGGCGAGGCGUGCGUGUCUGUGGGUGCUCCCACACUGCCGCCCGCUGCGGGCAUUGCGCCGAGUGUGUUUCUCCGCGAGGGCGUGACGGUGCACUCUGUGUUCGUUGUGCCUGCCGGCGCGAGCGAGGUGACGCUGCGCCACGUUGUGCUGGACGGCGUGAGUCCGGUGCUCUACGUGCCGUGGAUGGCACGAGACGGCGUGCGGAUCGUUGUGCAGAACGUGUCGCUGCUGAACGGCGCCGUGCUGUACGUGAUGGGUGGUGGAGCGUUGCGCGGUGCGGCGGGGAGCGACGAGAGCGGGCCGGUGGAGCUGUCGGUGUGCGAUUUGGAGGCGCUGAACGGUGCGCUUGUGCUGACCGGCACGUUCCCCGCGGGGUCCGCGCUGACGGUGACGGACUCCCUGCUGGUUGCCGCGAGGCCGACGCCGCUUGUGUAUCUUCCCGGCUCGCGGUCCUCGCCGUACGCACCGGUGCUGGUGCUGUCGGGCCUGCGGCUCGUGCGGUCCGUGCUGGUUGUGUCCGGCGUUGCCCUCGUGACCGUGAUGACUGGUGGGCGGACGGUGGUGGUGGACGGCGCCGUGCUGGAGCUCGUCGGCGGCGGUGUCGCGCUGGACGCGGCUGUGUUCGGUGGCGAAUAUGCGUUGUACGCGAGUGCGCGCGUGGUGGCAUCGGAGGGCGCUGUGAUGCGCGUGUCGGGGAGCCAGGUGUACGCCGCGCAUGGGUUGGUGUUCGACAGCGGGGUGGAGGCCAACGCGUCCGCCGUCGUAAUGAACGACAACACCGGUGUGCUGACCGAUGGCGCGCUGCUGGUGCUGCGGGGGUCGGCGUCGUUUGCGUCCGGGUCGUGGCUGUCGGUGCGCGGCGACAGCAUCAGCGGCAGGCUCCUUUCGCUGCCGUCGUACCCGCGCAGUGUGGAACUCGCGCAGAGCACGCUGACGCUCCACGGGAACGCCGGCAGUGGGUCCGUUGUGAUGGACGGCACCGUU